AUGACGGAUGCCAUGCGCGAAAUGAUAGCCGGGCUGAUGGGAGAUCAACGGGCCCGGGAAGAAGGUCGCAACCUACCACCAUACGACAGCCCCACCGUCUGCCGGGCUUACCUCCUCGGCUGCUGCCCUGGCUACAAUUUGCUGGAUACGAAGCUGGAGUCACUGGUCGUUUGUCGCAAGAUGCACGAGCCGGCGCAUAGGGCAGACUAUGAAGCUGCGCAAGCCAAGAAAGACCAUUUUUAUGAUAUAGACCUCUAUCAGGCACUCGAGGGCGCAGUGCGCGCGGUCGAUGGUGAUGUGGCAGUCACGAGGCGCAGACAGGAUCAGCAGAUCCGCUCGGAAAACGAGAUGUUCGAGUCGGAUAAGGCGCAAAAGCUCCGGGGCAUUGACGCGCAAAUCAGCCGCCUGCUCGACGAAUCUGCACAACUAGGAGCGCAAGGCCGGGUCGGGCAAGCAAUGAUUUGCGCGAGACAGGUCGAAGAGUUGGAGGAUCGUAAAGCGAUGGUUGAGAGCGAGGCACUUCGACCGGUGUUCCACAUGACGAUGCGCAUGCGCGUCUGCGAAGAUUGUGGAAGCCAGCUGAAUAUCAUGGACCAUGAGACUCGCGUGUCCGACCACUUCGGCGGAAGGUUGCAUUUGGCGAUGGUUGAAGUGCGCAGCCGGCUGGCCGAACUGAAGGAUACGAUUGAACAGCGGCGCAAGGAGGACAAAGAAAAGAGACGCUCUACCGAUACGCGUGACCGCGGCGACCAUGGCCGUGAUCGAGAGCGCGAGCGCCGUAGAAGCCGUUCGCGUUCCCGUGACCGUCGCAGAAGCCGCUCCCGUGAGAGUCGCCGCCGCCCAUCUUCGCGAGAUCGCCGCGACCGCCACCGUGAUGAUCGUGACCGCCCUCGCCGA